GCUAACGCAGUCGUCCCUCAUAGGUGCCAACCUGCUCCUUUUCACGUACCCGUGCUGUGGGUCAGCGACCGCCGUCCUGGGUCGUUGGGAGAGGCGGAGGCGGAGGGGGAUGCGUCGUCCUCGUCCUUCUUGGAUUCUGGGUCCGCUGUCGUAGGCAGGGACUGUCGCGUCCCUCUCUUCCUAAAAUGGCCAAUUUCUCCAGCGAGGACGAGGCUCGGCUGCAGUCCAUGCUCAGGCAGUUACUGCAGAGCGUGAAGGAAAAAAUCACGGGCGCUCCCUCCCUUGAGUGCGCGGAGGAGAUCCUCUUGCACCUGGAGGAAACGGAUGAAAAUUUUCACAACUAUGAAUUUGUGAAAUAUCUUAGACAAUAUAUAUACAGUACUCUGGGGGCUAUGAUUGAGGAAGAAAUGGAAAAAUGUACCUCAGAUCAGAAUCAAGGUGAAGGAUCUGGCUAUGAUACUCUUGUUCAACAUGUUACUAAAGUAACCCAGGAAUCUAAAGAGUAUAAAGAAAUGAUGCAUUCCCUGAAGAAUGUCAUGAUGGUUGUGGUGGAAUCUUUAAUUAGCAAAUUUGAAGAAGAUCAGAUACGAAAUAAGGAGGUACAGAAGAAAACCGUAAAGGAGAAAUGCAGUAAUUAUUGCACUGACAAUUGCUCUGACAGUGACUCUUCAUUUAAUCAGAGUUAUAAAUUUAGUCAAGGAAAAUUACAAUUACUUUUAGAACAACUGGACCCUGGGCAACCUAAAGAGGUGCGACUUGAAGCAAUACAAACAUUGUGCUCUGCUCCUCCUUCUGAUAUAUUAAAUUGUGAAAACUGGACUACUCUUUGUGAAAAACUUACAAUAUGUCUUUCAGAUCCUGAUCCAGCAUUUAAUGAUCGAAUUUUGAAAUUCUGCGCACAGACGUUUACUCUUUCACCACUGCAUAUGACCAAAGAAAUUUAUACAAGCUUAGCCAGACAUUUGGAAUUAUAUUUCCUUUCGGGUGAAAACCAUAUUCCUACUCUGUUGACUGGGGUAGAUGUUACACAUCCUAAUGUGAUCCAUUUACUUAAAAAGGUGCGCCUUCUAAAUGAAUAUCAAAAGGAGGUUCCAUCUUUUUGGAUUCGUCACCCAGAGAAGUAUAUGGAAGAAAUUGUGGGGAGUACUCUGUCACUAUUAUCAAUUCAGCAUGACCAAAGUUUACUUGUCUCACAAAAGAUUUUGGAUCCAAUCUAUUUUUUGGCAUUACUUGAUGUCAAGGCUGUGUGGUUCAAAAAAUGGAUGCAUGCAUAUUAUAGCAGAACUGUGGUAUUACGACUUCUUGAAAAAAAAUAUAAAUCUGUGAUAACGUCAUCAGUUCAACAGUGCAUUCAGUAUUUUGAAUCAUGUGAAAAUAUGAGAUCUGACGAAAAUUUGAUAUGUCCCAAACAUUGUGGGAAUAAGCAGAAGACUUUCUAUUCAGGACAAGAAUUACAAUAUAUUUAUUUUGUUCACUCACUAUGCCUGUUAGGAAGACUAUUGAUCUAUACACAAGGCAGAAAACUAUUUCCUGUAAAACUGAAUAAUAGAAAAGAUUCAGUAUCCCUUACAGAUCUGCUGGUAUUGUUUACCCGCCUUAUCUAUUACUCUCCAAGUUGUCCAAAAAUGACAGCAACAGCACAUGCAGAGGACUAUUCUCCAGCAAGUUUGGUGACUGAAGUACUACGGAUACUGUGUGAUCAAAAAGAGUGUGCAACUGAGUGUUUAUAUAAGAGCCCGGUGAUAGAUGCAUUUCUUGAACCUAUUCAUAAUUUAAUGAAAGAAACUGAGGCUGCUCCAAAUUGUUCUGAAACAGCUUUAAUUCAUAUAGCUGAUGUUUUGGCAAGAAUUGCUUCUGUGGAAGAAGGUCUUUUUUUACUUCUUUAUGGAGAAAGCAUGAACUCUUCUAAGGAUGAAAACCCCACAGGUGCUCAUUUAAUUGCCCAGUUUUCAAAGAAGCUUCUUGAUGAGGAUAUUUCUGUGUUUUCUGGAUCUGAGAUGUUGCCUGUGGUUAAAGGAGCUUUCAUUUCAGUAUGCCGCCAGAUGUAUAGCACCUGUGAAGGUCUUCAGGUGUUAAUUCCUUAUAACUUGCAUGACUCUAUUGCUAAGGCUUGGAAAAAGACCAGCUUGCUUUCAGAAAGAAUUCCUACUCCUGUAAAAGGUUCUGAUUCUGUUUCUUCAGUAAGCCAGGAGUCUCAAAAUAUUGUGGCAUGGGAAGAAAAUUUAUUAGAUGACUUGCUAAAUUUUGCUGCUACUCCAAGAGGACUACUACUUCUUCAGAAAACAGGUUCUAUCAAUGAUUGUGUGACAUUUAUGUUCAACCAGUAUGCAAAAAAACUGCAGGUCAGUAGGCAUAAAAAGUUUGGAUAUGGAGUGGUGGUUACACAAGUGGCAUCAACGUCUGCAGGUGCAGCAGCUCUACGGAAUUCAGGGUUUAUUAAUGCACUUAUAACUGAAUUAUGGGCCAUUUUGGAAUGUGGAAGAGAUGACGUUAGAGUAACACAUCCCAGACCUACUCCAGUGGAUCCCAUUGACCGAAGCUGUCAAAAGUCUUUUCUAGGACUGGUAAAUUUAUUAUCCUACCCUGCUGUUUAUGAACUGAUAGGCAACCAGGAUAUUCCAAAUAAAUCAGAAUAUUCACUUCGUGAAGUUCCUACAUGCAUAAUUGAUAUUAUUGAUAGACUUAUCAUUUUGAAUUCUGAAGCCAAGAUACGAUCAUUAUUCAACUAUGAACAAUCACAUAUUUUUGGUCUGAGGUUAUUAAAUGUAUUAUGCUGUGAUCUAGAUACCCUUCUGCUUUUAGAGUCUCAGUACCAAGUGUCUGCAGUGCUGUUAAAUGCUCAAGAGGAAAAUGUUUUGGAGAUCGAUGGAGGCCAGAGGGACUUUAUAAUUGAUGGCCUGUCAGUAGAAAGAAAUCAUGUUCUUGUUAGAAUAAAUCUUAUUGGUGGACCUUUAGAACGGAUUUUACCACCCAGGGCACUACAAAAGGGUAAUGAUCCAUAUCCUUGGCCAAUGUUUUCAUCAUGCUCUUUACCAAACUCCUAUCUUUCACAAGUUACUAAAAGAGUUGAUCUAAAACAAGAUAAUGAUAUUGGGAAUCUUUUAUCGCUUUUCAAAAUUUCUGAUAAACAAGCUGAAUGGGUAGAGAACUGCAGAGUACAAUUUUGCCAAACUAUGAGGACCAAACCUAGUAUCAUCAGUGGAGAAGUUUUGGCAGAAUUGCUUGAAAAGUUUGUGUUGGAUCUCACUGAAAACCCAUUUGACUGCUAUUUUCCUGCUGUUGAAUAUAAAGCUAUUGAUGCAAAUGUGAAGAAUGAAAGUCUUUCAUCUGUGCAGCAGCUUGGCAUUAAAAUGACUGUCAGUGCAUGUCUCAUUUUAAAUGUUUGGUGGGUUUUAUGUAGAUAUGGUAAAUUCCUUAAUCUACUCAAAGAUGGUGCUGAAAAUGAUCUCACUUUGGUGUUGAAGCAUUCUGAGAGAUUUCUGAAGCAGCAGCAAGCAGCAAUAAAAUCUUCACUUCGUUGCCUACAGGGACGUUACCCUGGCCAUGAUUGGUUUGUGUCCUCUUUGUUCCUUAUAAUGUUGGGUGACAAAGAGAAAACACUAAUAUUUCUGCAGAAAUUCUCUAGGCUGCUAACUUCUGCAUUUCUCUGGUUGCCAAGACUGCAUAUUUCUAAAUACCUACCUACUGAUAUCUCAGAGUCUGGCAUACAUCCCAUAUAUUUUUGUGGUGCUCAUUAUAUUGAAAUGUUGUUGAAAACUGAGGUUCCACUUGUCUUUUCAGCUUUUCACAUGUCUGGAUUCACCCCAUCACAGAUUUGUCAGCAGUGGAUCACUCAGUGUUUCUGGAAUUACUUGGAUUGGAUUGAAAUCUGUCACUACAUUGCCACUUGUAUCUUUCUUGGUCCUGAUUACCAGAUAUACAUAUGUAUAUGUAUAUUAAAACAUUUGCAGCAAGACAUUCUAAAGCAUUCGCAGUCUCAGGAUUUACAGGUUUUUCUUAAAGAGGAAGCACUUCAUGGAUUUCGGGUGAGUGACUACUUUGAAUACAUGGAAAACUUGGAACAGAACUAUAGGCCCAUGCUACUGCAAGACAUGAAGAACAUUCGAGUGCAAAGCACGUAGCUCCAGAGAACUAGCAUUUCAAUUCCAUGUUUUAGUUGUUCUUAAAAGGCUACUGAUUGUUUCAUAUUGGUAUCCAUAAAAAUUCACGCUUUGUGAAUGCACAUAUUGUAAAAUCAAUAAUGAGGGGUUUGUGAAUAGAAUAGUAUUUUCAAGAAGGCAUUAUCUCAAUUGGUGACCUGAAAUGAAUUCAUUUUUCUAGGCUGGUUUACAAUUGCCAGUAGAUUGCUUUAGUGCCAGCCCUAGGUUACUUGCGGUCUUUGUUUGUGUUUUCUUUGAGUGCAUCCUAAACUAUACCACCUUAUUCCAAUCUGGUCUUUGUCAUCUAACUCAAAUAAUUCUAAUGAGUUUGGUAAUAAAAAGCAAUAUUGAAAAUAAUCAUCUUGCAAGCCUGUAUGUGUCCAUAGAGAUAAGACAAUUGUUUUCUGUAUUCAUGGUCCUCAUGUGAAGAAGCAGAGGGGAGGGGUGCACUACUGUUUCAUUGCCUAAUUAUUUUCUAAAAGUUGGUAGGUGAUACCUAGAUCCAUGAAUAAAUUUUCAUAUGAAAAUCUCUACCUUUCUUACUUCAAAGUUAAAUUGGUUGUUCUAUCCUGAUGAACAUUCUACUGUUGUUCUUUGACAUGUUUUCUGUAGUGAUUAAUCUGAUUUGGAUUUCAUUUGAAGCAAGAAAUUAAAGCAUUGAUUUCUGAAUUAA